GACAGCGGGAGCUCUCAGCGCUGCUUGCCCCUGCGACGAGUGGUGGUGCUGAAACAGCCCUUGCCGGAAGGACCUGAGCGAGUAAGAGAGAGAGAGGAAGCCAAGGAGAAAAUCAGAGAGCAGGCAAGGCCGAAAGGACUCGGAGUCCAGAGGAAAAGCGAAGAGAGACCGAGGCAGAGAAGCGACCGGCCCCGAGCAGCCGGAAAGACGCGCCCUUGCGAGGCAGAGCGAGUUCGAGGGACCGCUGGCGAGUCGCCCGGAGCCGCCGCGGCGAGGCGAGGGCAGGGCAGCAGCGCCGAGGGCCGCCGAGCCACGUUGGAAGACCAAGGGAUCAUCGAAGGAGCCGCCGCUGCCGCGUCCUCGGUGAUCUUGCGGAUCAGCGUCCCGUCUGCGCGCCAGCCCUCCAGGAGGAACAGGAGCGUCGCCCGCCGAAGGUCGCAGCCGCGGAGGAGGAAGGAAGGAGGAGGAGAACAGGAAGAGGAGGAGGAAGACGAAGAGAAGAGGGACGAGGAGGAGGAGGAGGAGGACCGCCGCCAGCGGCACCGCCACCACCACCGCCAGCGCCGCCUCCUGAUCAACUGCGAGGAGGAAGGGGACGACGAGAAGAGGAAGCUCAAGAGGAAGAAGAGGAAGGAAGAGGGCGACAACCGUCACUUCCUGAGGGUCAAGAGGAAGGAAGAGGAGGCGCGCAGCGAGGAGGAGAAGAGUCGUGCGAGCGAGGACGAGAGCCAGUCUCAGAGCCUCCCGAACAAGGCCCGGAAGAAGAAGGGCAAGAAGAGGGAGCCCCCCACCGCCGCCCCCCGUGCCCCCUCCGCCACCACCACCACCACCGCCGUCAGCGCCUCCGCCAAGAGCGCCUCGAGGUCGACCUCCAAGCGAGCGGCGGCGUCCCUCCGGCUUCUCAUCGAGGGGUUCAGCAAAAUCACCGUGGUGGAGGUGAAGCUAGGCAAAGUCAGCAAAAUUGGCGAGGCGACGACCACCCUGCCAGACGCACCUAUGCCUCUUCUGAGUCCGCGGCCGAGUCCAAAGAUGGCCACGCCCAGCAACUCCAGCCUCUUCUACACGGUCGAGGUCGGGGACACGCGUUUCACCAUCCUCAGGAGGUACACCAACCUCAAGCCCAUCGGCUCGGGGGCUCAGGGCAUAGUCUGCGCGGCGUAUGAUUCUGUGACCCAGCAGAACGUGGCCAUCAAGAAGCUGUCGCGGCCUUUCCAGAAUGUCACACACGCGAAAAGGGCAUACAGGGAGUUCAAACUCAUGAAACUCGUCAACCAUAAGAAUAUCAUUGGCUUGCUGAAUGCCUUCACGCCACAGAAGUCGCUGGAGGAGUUCCAGGAUGUGUACCUGGUGAUGGAGCUGAUGGAUGCCAACCUCUGCCAGGUCAUACAAAUGGACCUGGACCACGAGCGCAUGUCCUACCUCCUCUACCAGAUGCUGUGUGGGAUAAAGCACUUACACUCAGCCGGCAUUAUCCAUAGGGACCUGAAGCCUAGUAAUAUCGUGGUAAAAUCAGACUGUACACUCAAGAUCCUAGACUUUGGUUUAGCACGGACAGCUGGUACCACAUUUAUGAUGACUCCCUAUGUUGUAACUAGAUACUACAGAGCUCCAGAGGUAAUUCUAGGUAUGGGCUACACAGAAAAUGUGGACAUUUGGUCGGUUGGCUGCAUAAUGGGAGAGAUGAUUCGAGGGGGUGUCCUGUUCCCAGGGACGGAUCACAUUGACCAGUGGAAUAAGAUUAUUGAGCAACUGGGCACUCCCUCGCAAGAGUUCAUGUCGAGGUUACAGCCAACCGUUCGCAACUAUGUGGAAAACCGUCCCCGCUACCCUGGCUAUUCCUUUGACCGCUUGUUCCCCGACGUGCUGUUCCCAGCCGAGUCCACGGACCAUAACAGACUCAAAGCGAGUCAAGCACGAGACCUGCUAUCAAGGAUGCUCGUGAUAGACCCUGAGCGAAGGAUAAGUGUAGAUGACGCGUUAAUGCAUCCCUAUAUUAAUGUGUGGUAUGAUGAAACUGAAGUCAAUGCUCCUGCCCCAGGCCCCUACGACCACAGUGUGGAUGACCGUGAACACACUGUGGACCAGUGGAAGGAGCUCAUCUACAAGGAGGUGAUGGAAUAUGAAAUGGUCCACAACUCCCCAGGUGGGGCAGGGGCUGGGGCAAGGGUCCCGCACCCACCCAUGGUCAUGCCCCCCCAGCGGCCACCAAUGCAGCUGCUGAUGGGGACCAAGACCAGCAUCGCCCAAACCACAGAUAGGGCUGCCCUCAACCCUCUUAGCAGUCCCUCCGCCCCAAGCCUGCCUCCCAGCCACCUCCUUGGUUUGCGCACGGCUCACGCGCAGAGUCCCUCGGCCAGGAUGCUGGGGCCCACACACACGGGAGUGAACCCUCGAGGCCGCGUCUGA